GCCAGUAUAUCAGCGUUGUCUUCGACUAAACAGGCCAAAAGUGUAGUUAAUUUUGAGGUCAUUUAAACUGGUAGAUUAUAUUUAUAACUGGUAGAUUAUUAAAUCUCACAAAUACACAUAUAGAUAUUACAUAUAAUAUAAUAAUAUAAUAUAUAUUACAUGUACUUUUUGUGAGAUUUGUUUGGUUUUUCCUGAUGAUAUAUAUGUGCCGUGGACGAAUUUGCGUUAUGAUAAAGAAACAUUGACAGUUAACGUCAGAAGAACCACAUCAGACGCUUCCGCAUGUCUUGUUCUUUCCCACUGUUGGGAAACACUGGUCUACCAGGACUCCAACAACCAGGAAAGGACCAGGGAUUGUCCUAGGAACCAUCACAGGGACCGUCUCCAUAGCUACAAACCAAGCCAAAGAAAAUAAGUCUUCCGUGAUGUUCACACUGUUUUUUGAGGCAAUUGAGUGCAAACAAAAUGAACACUGUUCGUGUAGCUGUGAAAGAGCAAAGUCAAAAGCAGGGCAGAGAAUAUUUGAAAAGGCUCAGGAGGUUUGUGCAGUACUGCGCUCAAAUACUUGAACAAAGACAGGAUACACAAGAUUAAAGAGUUGAAAGCACACUCCCACAUUAUCGCAUCUGCAAAUUGUUCAACUUUGUAAAUAUUUUCAAAGUGAUUAUGAGACAGUGGCAGUUUCAGCUAAAUGCGUAACAGAAUCAUGUGACUGUCCUCAACCUACGUCACCCAGAUUUACAAAACAUUUUGGGUUAUUUUUGUUUAUAUUCUUCCUAACAAGUUCAGUAAUAAUUACGAUGACACUUUCUUGCUAUAAAAGUGAAAUAGAACAUUUAUCAUUGUUACCAUCAAUGCAGUCAAUGUUUUUUUCUACAUUGUCUGAACUUUCUGUCAAACCAACCUUAACCUCUUGUCGUUUUUUUUUUUUUUUUGUGAAUUAUUUGUCAUUGUGACACAGCCCACCAGUGCACACACAGCUAAAUGUGACCUCUGCUUUUAACCUCUUGACCUUUUCAUAUUCUUUGAAAAGAGUGUUUGUGUUUGUCAAAGGCUGGAACGUCAUUUCCCCCUAAAUAUGAUUGACCGUUGAAAAGUCUGUGACAGUCGAAAGUAAAAAAGGAGGAGCAGAACGCCUGAAGCAGCACUAAGGCUGAAAGUGAGGACUCAACAUCAUGACUGCAGCCUUCUUCUUCAUCAUCCUUUUAGCAAUGUCCAGCCAUCAAGUAAGUAUAUUCUCUUUUCAAGUUAGAUUUUAGGAAUUUGUUAAAUUCAGUGUCUAUGAAAAAUAUAUUUGAAAUAUUGUGAAAAUGUCUUGCAGGUUGUUCUUGGUGGGAAAAAACCCAAAGGCAAGUUUGGUUUUUACUUCAACAUGAAUGAAUGAAUGAAUGAAAGAAUGAAUGAAUGAAUCACAUGUUUAACAGUGUGUUUUACUAAUUUGUUUUUUCUUUUACUUUUCCCUUUGCCAGAACCUGAAGAUGCCUUUGAAGCCAUCGAAACAGCAAAUAACGGCCUGAGUAAGACAAUAGAUUUAAAAGAAUAUUAGUAAAAGUAAUCAAUUCCAACGACAAUUCCUAUUAUAUUUACCCUUAACAAAAAAGUAACCUCCUUUCAUGACAUAAGACAUCUUUUAUGAAAACCAAAAACAUUGUCCAUUUUUUUGAAUGAUAACCUGUUGCUUUUCUUCAGGUAACCUGUACCAAGACGAUAUCAUGCUAAUUAAAAACAGGAACGCAGCUCCCUGCACAGAGAAAGGCUGCACAUGGCCUAAAAAUGGAAGAUUUGUCAUUAUCCCUGUUCAAAUCUCAAGCAGUUACAGUAAGUUGCUUUUUGAUCUUCAAAUCAGUCAGUCCUUGUCAAACCACAACAAUGACCUGCUUUUAGGUUUCUACAUUUUAGAUCAAUCCUCCAAAACUACUUUUAAAACAAGGAUAAUGACAGGUCGUGAUGAAAGGUUUUUCAUUAGGAAUCUUCUGAAGGAAUUUGUGGAUAGAACAUGCAUUAGAUUUGUUGGAAAGGACAACUCACAUAAAAAUUACCUUUACAUUUUCCCUGGAUCUGGGUGUUGGUCUUUUGUAGGCAUGAUUAAAGGAAGACAGCCAAUUUCCUUAAAUAAGUAUGGUUGUCUUUACACAUCUGUGGUGCAGCAUGAAAUUCUCCACGCUCUUGGUUUCCACCACGAGCAUUCACGUUCCGACAGGGAUCAAUAUAUCCUUAUCAAAAGUGAAAAUAUUAGACGAGGAAAGGAGAGAAACUUUUACAAAGCAAAAACUAUCAACUACAACAUUCCCUAUGACUACAACUCAGUGAUGCAGUACAGAAACAAAGCCUUCUCCAAAAAUGGGCAGCCAACCAUUGUUGCCAAGGAUGAUCCAAACCGUGUCCUCGGAUCUGCUCGGUCCAUGACUGAAAACGAGUAUAAACGUGUCAACAUAGCUUAUCAGUGUGAUCUAGACAAGCUUCAACGUAAAGUUCUCAAAGGAAAAUGA